AUGGCGACUGACCACCCCCUUCGACUGCCACAGCUUCCAUCCACACUUCAACAGCAGACACCCCACCACCUCAUCCUCCGACCCGCCAAAUGUUCUCAUCUCCAUCUGCUCCCCUCCUCACCUACACUCCUUCCACCUCCAAUCCCAGACCCUAACUAUCCUCCUCCGAUCGAUAAUAGGCCGGUUCAGGUCAUCCUGGUGGUCUAUGACCUGCUUCCAUCUGGAAAGUUAUCAGACUUGGCUUGGCUCUUGGGAGUAGGAUUGUACCAUACAGCAGUCAAGAUACCCGCCAUCGGCAGAGAGAUUGCCUUUGGGGGACAUGCGCAUCCGCAAACCUCGGGGAUCUUCAUGCUGCCGAUCCGAGAGGAUGGCGAGCCGAGCAUGCCCGGACUGAGGUGGAUAUGCGAGAUCGACAUGGGAUUCGUCAAGACCGGCGACCAGUUCAGCACCGUCGACCAUCCACUCCGAUCUCAGCUCUCCUUCGCCUCCUCCCUCAACUUCGCCUCUGCCGAGGAUGAGGAAUCUAGAAGACUCAUCCGGCCGCCCCCCUCGGCCGCUAAACUGAUCAACAAGUACCACUCCCCUGGAUCGCCUCACCAUUCCGCCUACCCGCCAACCUCGAUGCCGGAACUCCCAAGCAGCCCGAUCCAUCCUAUCGACCAACACUAUCGCUCAUAUGCCUCAUCCUCAACCAGCUCAGAUUCCCACAAAUCCUCCUCCCCUCCUGCUCCCGCUCCACCUCUUCCCGCCAGUGCUUAUACUCCCACCACCACCAAUCCUAAACCUGCUGCUCCUUCUUCCGCAUUGACGCAAAUCGAGACUCUCGCGUUGAUCUUGGACCAGUUGGAGCACUCUCCCGAUUGGCAUGGCACGUCCUACGACCUUCUCAAGAGGAAUUGUAACACUUUCAGCGACCAACUCUGCAUCCUUCUGACCGGCAAAGGCGCACCUAAAUGGAUCAAUCGGGCGGCUGCCGUCGGCUCUUCUUUCCCCUGUUUGGUUCCUGCAGAAUGGAUCGAUCCACCGAUCGCACCUCCUCCGACCGACGAGUUUGGAAACUAUGAGGAAGAAGAGGAAGAGGAAGAGGAAGAACGAAUUGCUCGGCAAGCUCCCGGAUACACAUCCACGAGGACACGAGGCGCGACGAUCCCAUCACCUACCUUGUAG